CUCGUUCUUCUUAUUUUUCAAUUCACUCCCACGUGACGAAGCCUUCUCCCACAAAGCAAAUUCUACACAACCAUGACACGUUCUCCGCCUGCCAUGUCGCUGCUCUUCCUGCUCAUGCUGAGCCAGUUGUCCAUGCUGGUUAGCGCCACAGACUCGGCCAGUGACACGGUCGAGUCUCUCUUCGACUCUGCCGACGGCAUCAAAGUCGGCGGUAGUGUUCUAGCCAUCGCUGCGAUUGCAGUCGGUGCCGUAAUGGUGGUCAUGGGCUACCGCCUCUUCCGAGCCACACUCUUCGCUGUCGGCUUCGUGGCUGGCGGCGUUGCGGUCGCAAUAGCCGUCGAGCACAUUUUCGACAACGAGUCGUGGGUUAUCACAGCGUCUUGGAUCGCCUUCGUUGUUGGCGGCCUCAUCUGCGGCAGCAUCGUCAUGUCACUCUACUCGCUCGGCAUCUUCAUCGCUGGUGCAGCGGCUGGUGUUGCCCUCGCCAUGAUGAUCCACAAUUCGGUCGGCUACGAGAUCUACCCCAGCCACCCGCAGGUUGUGCUCAUUGUGCUGUGUAUCGUGCUCGGCAUUGUUGCCGGCGUGCUGGCACUUAAGCUCGAGAAGCCCGUGCUAAUCACAGCCACCAGCCUCUUCGGUGCCGCCAUUUUGGUGUGGGGCGUUGGCUACUUCGCCGGUGACUUCCCAUCCACCAGUGACCUCAAGGACUACGCGUCCCGAGACAUCAACGGCGACUGGGUCUACUCGAUCCCGGACGCGUGGUGGGGCUACCUCGCCGGCAUCCUAGUGCUGUUUGUGCUUGGCCUAUUCAUUCAGUUCCGCAAGACUGGCCGCGGUGGCGCGUACCACAAGUCACACGCCAUGGAACGCCGCACGGAGACCGUGCAGUACGUCGAGGCCGGGACCCCGCAGGAACAUAACGUGCGAUAUGGCAACCCGUGCGCCGAUGACAGCUCGGCGUACUGGCACUGCCCGCCGCUGAGCUCUUUAGGUCAUGGAGGACAACUGCCCGAAGGCGUCCACAAGCUACUGUGA